AUGAGGAAAGUGAUUGUAGUUGAUGGUACAUUCUUGAAAGGUACAUAUCUAGGUACCCUUCUAUCAGCCACAACACAAGAUGGGAAUUUCAACAUCAUCCCCAUAGCCUUUACUAUUGUUGAGAGUGAGAAUGAUGAGGUAAGGGAAUGGUUUUUUAGACAGUUAAGUAUAGUAAUUCCAGAUGAUGAAGGCCUUGCUAUAAUUUCAGAUAGACAUAAAUCUAUAGGAAAAGCAAUUGGAAAUGUCUUCCCUCUUGCUAGACGUGGUAUAUGCACGUACCAUCUCCACAAGAACAUUGUCGUUAAGUUUAGAGAAAGUGAGACAUUUAGCUUAGUCAAGAAGGCAGCUCGUGCUUUCCGUCUUGAGGAGUUUAAUGGAUACUUUCAGCAAAUAGGUGCACUUAACCCGCAGCUCCAAAAUUACUUACAACGUGCUGAUCUAAGUAUGUGGACUCGAUUCCACAUUCCUAGAGAUCGGUACAAUUUCACGACUAGCAACAUCGCUGAAUCCAUUAACCGAGUGAUAAACACUGCAAGAAAGUACCCAAUUCUCUACCUAUUAGAUUUUAUCAGGUCUAGUAAAAUGAAUGUGCAAGAGAUAGAUCCUCACCAUUAUGAAGUUCAUUUUGGGACAUCCGUAAAUGUUGUCAACCUAGCCCAAAAAACAUGUACAUGUCGCCGGUUUGACCUUGAGAAGAUACCUUGUGACCAUGCGAUCGCAGCUGUAGAAAAAGGAAAAGAAGAACUUGAAUGA